ACUAGGACAAAUUGAAAUUUGUAGUCUUGUGAAAACUGUAUAAGUUGUUUGUCAUAUUCCCUUCUUUGUCGUCCUUUCUCUCAGCAAACAACAAUGGCGGAUCAUCAAAACCCCCACUCUCUUUACAAUCCUAACACCGGAAUCUACAGCUCUCCCCGACCACCCGUCCCCCUUCCACAAUCACCCACCACCUCCAUUGUCGAUUUUCUCUUCCGCAACCUCUCCGCUUACUCCGAUCGCCCUGCCUUAAUCGACCCUAACACCCAUCAAAUCUUCACUUUCUCCCAGCUCAAACGAAAAAUCUCCGAUUUCGCACAGACACUACACUACACUUACGGUAUCUCCAAAGGCGAUGUCGUUCUGAUCUUCUCUCCGAACUCCAUCCUCUUCCCUGUAGCCUUUCUCGCCGUUACAUCCAUUGGCGCCAUCGCUACCACCGCUAAUCCCCUAUACACCGUUAAGGAACUCUCCCACCAAAUCAGCGAUUCAAAACCUAAGCUGAUUAUCACGGUUGACCAGCUGUUCUCCAAGGUCAACGGCUUCAAUCUGCCGAUAAUUGAUCUGGGAAACUUCUCAGAUUUAGUAGCGAAAUCGAGUAACCAUGCCGCUCUGUCUCCCUCCGUUUGUCAAUCCGAUUGUCGCCGCGAUACUUUACUCUUCCGGUACAACCGGGUUGAGCAAAGGAGUGGUGUUGACUCAUCGGAGCAUAAUUGCGACGGCGUUAAUGGUGACAUCCGAUCAGGAAUUCUAUAAGGAAGGGAGAAGCGUGUUUCUAUGCGUGGUCCCGUUGUUCCACAUCAUGGGAUUGAUCACCUUCACCUACGCACAGUUGCAGAGAGGGAACGCCUCAGUCGUGAUGGCGAGGUUUGAGCUGGAGAAAUCUCUGGAUGCAAUACAGAGGUACAAGGUAACACACCUUUACACAGCACCGCCUGUUGUGGUGGCGCUGGUGAAACAGCCGGCGGUUGUCAGAAGGUACGACGUCUCAUCUUUGCAGGAGAUUGGGACCGGUGCAGCACCUUUAAGCAAGGACACCAUGGAUGAAUGCUCCAAAAUUUUUCCUCAAGCAAAGAUUUUACAGGGAUAUGGAAUGACAGAAACAGGUGGAAUUAUAUCAAUCGAGAAUACAAGGGCAGGAUUUCUCAAUUCAGGUUCAUCUGGAGUACUUUGUCCAGGAAUGGAAUCUAAAAUCAUUCAUAUAGAAACUCUAAAACCUCUUCCGCCUAAGCAAUUGGGGGAAAUAUGGGUUCGUGGACCAAAUUUGAUGAAAGAAUAUUUCCAUAACAAAGAAGCCACAGAGCAAACCAUAGACAAACAAGGUUGGCUGCACACAGGUGAUCUUGGUUAUUUUGAUGAACAAGGAAGAAUAUAUGUUGUGGAUCGAUUAAAAGAGCUUAUCAAGUAUAAAGGGUAUCAGGUGGCACCUGCAGAGCUUGAAGGGCUGCUAGUUUCUCACCCUGAAAUUAUGGAUGCUGCAGUUGUUCCAUAUAUUGAUGAUGAAGAAGGCGAGAUCCCAAUGGCAUAUGUUGUAAUUAAGGCUGGAAGCUCACUUAGUGGGGAAGAGGUUCAAAGUUUUAUCGCAAAACAGGUUGCACCUUUUAAAAGAAUAAGGAAGGUAGCAUUCAUUGAAGUGAUUCCAAAGGCUGCUUCAGGAAAGAUUUUGAGAAGGGAACUUAGACAGAAAGUUCUAUCUAAACUUUGAAGAUGUUAUUUAAUAUAAUUUUAGUAUUUUGUAUUUGCAUUUGUGAUAUAUGAUCUAGAGGGCGAGCUUUUGUUUUUUAUCAACAAAAAAGGGUAUUGUAUCUUUAAUAUACUUUAUAUUACAUAUGUAAUAAUAUCGCCAUACAUAUCAAUAUUCAUAGAUGAA